CGGCAUUUAGCCAGUACUCAUCGGGGAAUUUAGAGCAUACUUUUGCUAUCGAUUCGCGGAUUGUGCGUUGUGACUCGGUCCAGUCGGGGUCGUGCGCCUGGAGGUAUUCUGUUGCUUUGGCAUGGAGGGAUCUAUGUCCGAUACGCUGCGAAAGACGGGGACAUAUGUAUUUCGGGCCGCGUAGGCAUCUCGUUGAUAUCUCGUACAGUUAGUGAAAGAGAUAUUCACGGAUGCCACAGGAAGGUGCUUUACCAGUCCCUGUCGGAUUGCAGGGGGGAGAAAAGACAUAGUGUGGGUGAAGAGGUGAAGCUGUAGAUGACAACUCGAGCCUGUGUUUAAUUCAGCAGCGGUGUUUACCACCUCUUUAUCGGUGUGGAGAAGUCUAUACCAUCUUUGCUUCCGGGUGCGCAUAUGCUGUAACUACCUUUUUUUUUGGAAUGCCGAGCCGGCAGUGGCCCCAGAGUUUGUUCGGCCAGGAAGACUUAGUUACCGAACGCGGGGAAAGUUGGUCUGGGGUUGCCCAAAUGCCGAUUUGCCGAAGGUUUUACUGGCAUAUUGCCGAACCGAAGCUCAUGAUGGGGUCAAAAUCGAUGCUGUGCAUCAAAACGAACAAUCAUAAAUAUAAUAGUAGUAUUGUUAUAAGUGGUUAAGGGAUUUUGAAAAAAUCGAAUCUGCUCACAUUUGCGCUCAAGGCUAUGGGGUUUUUUCAUUCGCAAAGGACAAGCCUAAGAUUUACUCUUGCACGGAAGGGUUUAACUCAUAGGGCAAAUGUCUCGAGGUAUCAGCAGGCUCCAUAUCUUCCACAGAAGUUCUACUCUUCGACUACCUCACCCGACGGAGGGAAGGGUGAUUCUUUCGGGGCGCUGCAUGGAUUUAAAAUACUGGAUCUCACCAGAGUAUUAGCUGGCCCGUUUUGCACGCAGAUAUUGGCAGAUUAUGGCGCAGACGUAAUUAAAGUCGAGCAGCCUGGAAAAGGUGAUGACACGAGAUACUGGAGGACAGAGGGAGAGGGCGAAAAGUGGCAAACGGAUGCAAUAUCCUGUUACUUCGCGUGUGUAAAUCGGAAUAAACGUUCCGUUGCCUUGAACCUGAAGAGCCAAAAGGGCAGGGAGAUUCUCCUCGAUCUGGUUAAAGUUUCAGACGUAGUCGUCGAAAAUUUCGUCCCGGGAAAAAUGGACGAGCUCGGCAUUGGCUACGAUGUUCUCUCGAAAAUAAACCCUGCCGUCAUCCACGCCAGUAUUUCGGGGUAUGGUGCCGCAGGACCAUAUGCCCAACGCGCUGGUUACGAUAUAAUUGCAGCAGCAGAAGGUGGUCUCCUUCAUAUAACUGGUGAAGCAGAUGGCCCACCUACAAAACCCGGAAUCGGCUUGACAGACCUGUGUACGGGCUUGUAUAUGCACGGAGCAAUAAUGGCGGCGUUGCAGGCUAGGCAUCGAACUGGGAAAGGCCAAAAGCUAGACGGAUCCCUCUUCGAAACGCAGCUAUCACUGCUAAUCAAUGUUGCAAGCAGUUGGCUAAACAUGGGACAAGAAGCACAACGAUGGGGGACGGCUCACCCGAGCAUCGUUCCAUACGAAGGUUUUAAAACCAAGGAUUCCUACCUUGUCCUUGGAGCAACCAAUAAUAGGCAAUUCGGAGUUCUCGCAGAGCGCAUGGGAAGGCCUGAUUUGGCAACCGACGAGAGAUUUCUGACGAACGAUUCAAGGGUGAGAAAUCGAAGUGAGCUGAACAACAUCUUGUACGACUUGUUCAAAACCAAAACGACAGACGAAUGGCUCGACGUCUAUGAGAACAGCGGGAUACCGUAUGGUCCAAUUAACAGCCUAGAGAGGGUAUUUACCCACACUCAAACUCACGCUAGAGAAAUGGUCAAAUCUAUCGAUUUCGAUGCUGCUGUCGAUGGGAUUUUCAAGGUCGUAGGCUUUCCUGUUAAGUUUAGCAACACUGAAGCUUCCGUUCGGAGCAACCCUCCGCUUUUAGGAGAGCAUACGGACGAUGUGCUUAAGGAGCUCGGUCUCUCACAGGAAAAGUUGGCUGACCUGCGACGGGAGAAGGUUAUAUAAAAGAAUUUAGUAAUGGAUUGUUCAUACCAGAUACUGUUCACAACGAAAUUACCUGGACUCAACAGUUUCUUCCAAUACUAUGAAUAACUCCAACAUGAAACCCGCUUCACAACGCAGGGUAUUUAGGGGCGACUCCUUCAACACAGCUAAGAAUGUCAAACCUUUCGUCGAAAGGAACGGAGUAAUAGAGAUGUCUCUAUGGUGUAGGGUAGCUGACUACUUACGACGUAUAUCCGUAUAUAAAUAAUAGCGUUUAGUUGGUUGUUCCAGUGCCUUUAAGCGGUUGAGGGAGGGCCUUGAGUUCGUUUGGACGGACGCGAAAGACCUGCACCAAGAAGCAAGCACGAUUUUGGUUAUUUUUUUCAGCAAUCCAUGUCACCCCUUGACUAUACGAAUGUCACGCUGGUUGUUAUCAAUCCUACCCAGUCAUAUGAGUGAGCGCUGAAGGCAUUAGGGUUGCUGGAUGUCGUCUCUCCCCCCCUCCAAAAAAAAGGGUGUGGUCACGGUCACAUGAUAUCAAACCCCUUUUUUGUUCCACAGUCGCUUCCCUCUUCCUUCCGCACAGAGAGACAACAGCAGCAUCCAAAAUAUCA